AAAUGCCCUUUAAUACAUGAAAUUCUCUGCAAAAUGUAACUAAAUUCGAGACUACGUAUUAAAUAUUAACCGAAGCUGGUCUCAUUGCUGAAGAAUGCGCUUAACACAGCUUUUACUUGUCUCAUUUGUAAAAAAGAAAAGUACCCCUGGACUGACAUAUCAUGGGAAAAAUCAGAAGUUCAAACCAGUUAAAGUAUCUCAGAAAAUGGGAGCAGUCAAUUUUCUAAUGAUGGAGGAACAAAAUAACAGAUAUCUCAACAAUCCAUAUUUAACUAAGGUUGAGGAAGACGCCUUUGGGAAUGAUCAUCCAAAAAAAAUGGAAAAGCAACUGGCUUUUUAUGACAUGCAGAGAGCCAGUAGAAAGUUUUAUUCUGAUAGAACACUAGAAGAACACAUAGAAGAUAAUUUAGGAAAGCACAGAAAAUGGGAAUGAAUAAUUAAUGGAUUUUAAUAAAUAAAUAUCAAAUGUUAA